CCUCUCUCUGUAUAGAGUUUUAUAUAUUUAUUUUCUUUUUUUGGCUUGUGGAAACACAACGAAAACCUGAAAAAACUCAGAACAGAAAAGGAAACGUAAGAAGUAUACUUCCAAAGUCAUUGCAAGCACUAGAAGCUACGGGAAAGAGAGAAUCAGGGGGGUUUUGGAUCCUAAAUGACGCUAUAGCCUUUCCUCUUACUUUCCUCUUUUAAAAAAUUCCUCGUGUUUGUUGAGCUGCUCUUCCUCUCUCAGCCUCCUCUCCGAGGAAGGUGUUGUCGGAAGAUUGCGUGUCCUUUUUGUAAAUUUCAAUUCAAUUGUCGCUAUCUGAUUUGUCAGUUCUACAAUCACGCCAUGGUUGCCACUGCAGCUGCUUCAUCAUUUUUCCCAGUUCCUUCGCCAUCUGGAGAUAAGGCCUCCAAGUUUGGUAUUGUGUCUGCAAGUUUGGGAGGAAUCAAAACGAAAUCUGCCUCCUCUGGGGCUUUGCAAGUUAACACAAAUUCCCAAGCUCCUCCAAAGAUAAAUGGCCCUCCAGUUGGCUUGGCAGCAUCAGUGGAAACUCUGAAGAAUGAGGAUGUUGUGUCGUCACCAGCACCUCGGACGUUCAUCAACCAAUUACCUGAUUGGAGCAUGCUUCUUGCUGCAAUUACAACCAUGUUUUUGGCAGCAGAGAAGCAGUGGAUGAUGCUUGAUUGGAAACCAAAGCGACCUGAUAUGCUUAUUGACCCCUUUGGUAUUGGGAGAAUUGUCCAAGAUGGUCUUGUCUUCCGCCAGAAUUUCUCAAUUAGGUCAUAUGAAAUUGGUGCAGAUCGUACAGCAUCUAUAGAGACGUUGAUGAACCAUUUACAAGAAACUGCACUUAAUCAUGUUAAGACUGCUGGGCUCCUUGGCGAUGGAUUUGGUGCAACCCCAGAGAUGUCCAAAAGGAACCUGAUUUGGGUGGUAACUCGUAUGCAGAUUCUGGUAGAUCGUUAUCCUACAUGGGGUGAUGUUGUUCAAGUAGAUACUUGGGUGAGUGCAUCAGGAAAGAAUGGUAUGCGCCGUGAUUGGCUUGUCCGUGAUGCUAAAACUGGUGAAACUUUGACCAGAGCCUCCAGUGUGUGGGUGAUGAUGAAUAAAGUGACAAGGAGGUUAUCCAAAAUUCCUGAAGAAGUUCGAGGGGAAAUAGAGCCUUAUUUUCUGACUUCUGAUCCUGUUGUGAAUGAGGACAGUAGAAAACUGCCAAAAAUUGAUGACAAUACAGCGGACUAUAUCUGCGAAAGUCUAACUCCUAGAUGGAAUGAUUUAGAUGUCAACCAACAUGUUAACAAUGUGAAGUACAUAGGCUGGAUCCUUGAGAGCGCUCCUCCACCAAUCAUGGAGAGUCAUGAGCUUGCUGCCAUUUCUUUGGAGUACAGGAGGGAGUGUGGCAGGGACAGCGUGCUGCAGUCCUUGACUGCUGUAUCUGACACUGGCAUUGGAAAUUUAGGCAACCCUGGUGAAGUUGAGUUCCAACACUUGCUCCGGUUUGAGGAGGGUGCUGAGAUUGUGAGGGGAAGGACUGAGUGGAGACCCAAACAUGCCGACAAUUUUGGUAUCAUGGGUCAGAUCCCAGCUGAGAGCGCUUAAAGGACUGAUGUGGCUGGAGUGGCAUUACUCUCCUUGCCACGUGUUACAUUACCUGUGUAGAAUCCUGCCUGUUUGAGUUCCGGGAUGUAUGUUUUCUUAUUAUGUAUGUAUUUAUAUAUAAUUUUUUUGUUCAAUUUCUUGGAUAAACGAAAGCUGUAAGCUCAGUAUAAUUAGCUGUUGACAUGUUCUCAUUUUGGAACUUGAGUUUAA